CUGCUGGGCGCCAUCUUACAUUGAACCAAUCGACGGCGUUUGUCUGCGCAGGACCCGUGAACCGGGGCAUGGUCCCCCCAGAGGUCCCCCAUGGGGGGGUCCGGCGAGUGGGGGAUGCCCCGCUCCAGCGCCAGCCCCGUGGGCUCCGCGGGGCACCCCUCCAUGAUCCGCCCGCCCAUGGACUACAACAACGGCAAGCCCAUGAUGGCGGGGGCCAUGGUGGGCCGCUCCAACAGCGUGCCGGGCACCCGCUCCAUGCUGCAGCAGCAGCUCAUGGAUAUGGGGGGCUCUGGGGACAUGGGCAUGAGCCCCUUCCACCAGCCGCAGGGACAGCCCAACCAGUCCCCGUCCUGGCCGGACCCAGUGAUGGGCAUGGAGGGGGGCAGCAGGCGUCCCUUUGGCAACACGCUGGAUGACCUGCUGGUGCCGCCCACCACCAGCGAGGGCCAGAGUGACGAGAGGGCCCUGCUGGACCAGCUGGACUCCCUGCUCAACAACACGGACGGCAUCGCCCUGGAGGAGAUAGACCGGGCGCUGGGCAUCCCCGACCUGGUCAGCCAGGGCCAGGGAGCCGAGCACCUGGAGCCCUUCCCGGGACAGGACCCCUCCAUGGGCAUGGAGCACAAGUCCCUCUACGGCCAGGGCUACCCGGGCCCCCCCAGCAUGGCCAUGCAGCAGGCCUACGGGGGGAACCCCAUGCAGGGGCAGCCCCAGCAGGGGGGCUUCGGCCCCAUGCUGUCCCAGAUGGGCCAGGGGGGCAGCUUCCCGGGCAUGGGGGGCAUGGGGGGCAUGGGCCACCCCCGCGCCGGCAUGAUGCGACCCAGGAUGAUGAGCGCCAACAAGCCCAUGAGGCUCCAGCUGCAGCAGCGGCUCCAGGGCCAGCAGUUCUUGAGCCAGACGCGCCAGGGAAUGGCCAUGAAGAUGGAGAACCCUGGGGGCCCCAGCCUGGGCAUGAGACCCGCGAUGCAGCCGGGCAUGGGAGGACAGCCUGGCUUCCUGAACGCCCAGAUGAUGGCCCAACGCAGCCGGGAGAUGGUCACCAUGCAGAUGAAGAGGCAGAGGAUGAUGAUGCUCAUGCAGCAGCAGCAGCAGCAGGCCGCCGCCGCCGCCGGGGGGCUUCAGUCCCCCGCCCAACGUCACGGCCCCCGGGGGCAUGGACGGCGGCAUGGGGGGGCCCCGGCAUGGGAGGGCCAGGCAUGGGCCAGCCGGGCCCCCAGCAGUUUGGCUACGGGGGGAGCUACGGGAUGGGCCAGCAGGGGGAGCCCUCGUUCGGCCCCCCGGGGAGCAGCCCCCCCAACGCCAUGAUGUCAGGCCGCCUGGGGCCGCAGAAUCCCAUGAUGCAACAGCACCCCGCAGGGCGGACCCAUGUACCAGGGGGCCGACAUGAAGGCCUGGGCCCAGGGGGGCAUGGCACGCAGCAGCUCCUAUGCUCAGCAGCAGUUUGCCCAGCAGGGAGCCCCGGCCCAGUACGGGGGCAUGAUGAUGAACGGGGGGGGCAUGCCGGCCGGCGGGGCCGGGGCCCACAUGGGUCAGAUGGGCAUGAACCCCAUGGUGAUGGGUCGCAUGGGCCCCAUGGGCCCUGAGCAGAAAUACUGCUGAGUUCGGUGACUCUGGGCUCGUCAGGGCUCCCUGUGACCCUCAUCCAGAGAGCUGUAGCGGCCGCAGCGCCCCGGCGUGGAGUACCAGGUCGGCGGGUGUUUUUCCGUCUGCUGUGCUGCACACCCACCACUAGGGGGAGUGCUCGUGCUCUUUUGGAGUAGGACGCACAGUGAACGCAGACUCACAGCCUAGGGGACUACGACAACCACAGACACGAUCCCAUACCGAGAAUACAAUGCCUUCUUGUAAAUCUGAGACACUGUGACACACACACAUACCUACACACUGACACACACACACACACACACACACACAAACACAAACACACACACACACCCAAGCUCUUAUCGUGAUUGCCAGAUAUUGAUUGCUUAUUUAUAUAACUUUUCUCCAAAAAGUCGGUAGUUCCCUAUGACUGUAGUUCCCUUUCUAUUCUCGUCAUGAGUGGUUUGUGUUUCAUGUAGACACACAGGACAUUUUUUGGGACCAAACGGAUAAAGUCAACCAACUUUUAGGGGUGGGGGUUUGGGGGGUUAGAGGGGCGGACAUCGGAUGACAGACUGGAACACGGACAGCCAGGAAGACCUCCUCUCUCUUUGGGCCUGACGCCAGCACGACUCUACCACUCUACGUGGUCAACUGCAAACCUUUUGAACUUCUCUCUUUCUGUUUCAGAAUGUUUGGAAGCCAGUUCCUCAGUGCUGGUGCUAGACCAUCUCCAUGUAAAUAUGUCUUGUUGUGUACAUAUAUAUACAUAUUGUAUAUCCAUAUAUAUGUAUAUAUAUACAUUACGUGUAUAUAUAUGUUUAUAUAUAUAUUAUAAACAUAUAUUAUAUGUAUGUAUAAUAUAUAUAUACAAAUAUAUGUAUGUAUCUAUCUAUGUAUAUGUAUGUAUGCAUAUAUAUGUCGAUAAAGUAUGGUUCAUGCGUGACUUUUAGUCAUGUUGUGACCCCAGAGGAAUGUCAUUAUACUGUAGCACACCUUUAAUCCUCCAGAAGUCGAGGUAUAACAGAGUAACCAGUGGGCUGGGAUUGCACUUUAAGGAAAGGCCAUUCUCUGAAUCGAUUGUGCCAUUAUUGUAUGGCCAACGAGGCCUUUAUUGAUCAAUAAAAAAAAGAUUAUUAUUUAAUACAACAGCAAAUUUAAAUAUGAUUGGUUUUCUCCUUGGAGAAUAGGGUCUAACCAAUGGUAUAUUUUAGAUUCAGAAGGGAAGUAGUAAGCACAGACGCCAACAUACGCUCUCGCGAUGUACUGGUUUAUUAUAGACGGAGAAACAGAGUCCUAAUGGCGCGUUUCCACUGCAGGGUGCGGUUCGGUUCGGUUCGCAAAGGUGCGGUACGGAUUGCGUUUCCACCGCCAAAAGUGGGCGUGACCCGGACUGAGCCGUACUCGUUUUGCCCUCGUCUUCAGUACUCCUCCGUUGGGGUACCGAGACGCCUGAAAGGGUGCCGGAAAAUUCGAGCUACACACCCCAGUAGCCUCGAGGUAUUAUUCUUUACAAUGAACAUGUCGCGUAAAACGCUUGCUUGGGCGAACAAGGAGGUGGAGACGUUCCUCUGCAUUCUUGGGGAGGAAGACGUCGUUUACGAUGUCUACGUAGCUGCCGCGGCGUUCGACAUCCGGCCUACCAUAAAGGGUACUGUCGGCGGUGGAAACGCGACCUCGGAACUGAGCUGGGCUAUACCGCACCGGACUGAGGCGAGGCGAACCGUACCGCACCCUGCAGUGGAAACGCGGCAUAACUCUUGACGUCUUGAGAAAUAGCAUUCAAAUCAACAGACCUUCAAUUCCUGUUCAAUUUGAAUGACUUCAAGAUGUAAUGAUUUGAUUACAUAUCUAAUAUAUAUAACAAUGAAUACAAGAGAUUUCUAAUUUGAAAAAGGAUGCUUUAUAUAACUCCUAAAAGUUUGAAUUUAAUGUGUGUAUGCAGAUUUCCAGCAAUAACCCAUUCUCUGUCGGUAAAAGGGUAUUGGACAAUUACCCAAUGUGAUGGUACUGCAGUAUUACAUACAGUGUCCUGGUUAUAAAUCUUCAUUUGUCUGUGAAUACCAAUUGUAAAUAAGCUUCAAAUGUAUUAUAUAUAUAAAUAUAUAUAUAGAAAAAAGUAUAUAUAUGCUUUUGUAGGUCACAUACUGUUUGCACAGAUUGUAUGGCUUAAUAUUUAAAGUUGAAUUUUCUUAUUUAUUCCUACCUAGGUCAAUACAGCUUUGAUUUUGAGAAGGUUUUAACCCCUUAGCAAAAAUGGAGCUAGUUCUUUUUACCUACACGCCUAAAUUACUUUCCUUCGAGUUAAUACUGCCACUUUCAUUUUUCAAGGAAGCACUUUUUUGUUUGUGAUUUUCAAGUCGUCUAUAUAUUUUAUUUCUCCAAGGGCAUAUACGUAGCUUUAGAGGUGCUAGUGAGUAACUAUGUACAUUUUGUUUUUAUAUAUAAAUCAAUUUCUUUAUGACAAAAAAAGAAAAACAGACAAAAAAGAAAAGAAAAAACCGAGACGAAACCACAAAAGAUGCCUAUAUGUAAACAGUUGACACGCGAUUGUGUUAGGUCCCUAGGGGGCCCUGGUGUCUUACCGGUACGUGGAUGGAUCUUUUCCACACCUUUUGGGGUCUUUUUCCCCUCGUUCUUCCGCGGGGGACUUGAGUUUCAUUCCUGAAGUUUGUGUUUGGUGUUUUUUGCCUGAACAUCCCCAGCGGUGACCUUGUCACACUGAACCACAUCCCGCCACCAUCAUUCUGAGUCCCCAGCGGCGGUUCGGUGAAUCGGACACCUGAUCAUGGUUAUCAGUCCCGCUGGAGAGCGUCUCAUUGCUGUUGGCUUGUUCUGAUUGGUUCACUGCGGGAACGCAACAGUUGGAUGGGGACGUUCUUAUUGUGUCCUGUGACGUCCUGCGAUGGUUCUCAUUGAUCAUGUCAUGGUUGGGUUUGCCUUUACUGUUGUAUUUUUAUUUUUAUUUUCAGAAACUCAUAUGACGAAAUGGACAUUUUGAAACCUACUCGAUCCAAAGAUUUGUUUGGUUUUGUUUUUCUUCCUUUUGUUCCCGUCUGCAGUGCUUAGAGAGUGGUCCGAUGUGUGCAGGGAUUGCUUUCCAAGCAUGCAAUUCCUGUAGGUUAGGAGUCACUGUUCGUUCAUUCUUUUGAUUUUACAUAUUAUAAUCACAACCAUAGAACUGAUAGGAAACUCCCUUGAGGUUUUGUUUUAGUUGAGCUAGUGAUUUGUCUACUUUUACUUUGUCCUUCUCAUACCUUCUGGCCAGUUGAGUAGAGGUGCUGAAAAAUGGGUAUUUUAUAGAACGUUUUCUGUUUCGUUUUUACAGACUUAUUUGGAAGGGGGUUUCCUGGUUGAUGUCAAAUAUGUCUCGCAUUGUUAUCCUGUUGUAGACUCUUUUUUUCCGAAGUCGCAACGAAAUAAUGACAAAAUAAUAACCUGCAAAUUCUCAAAAUUCCACUUUAAAGGAAUGAAAAAAAUAAGCUCUUCUCAUGCAUUGUUGGAGCAGAUGAGUGAUUAGAAGAUUACAAAUUGAGCAAAUAUACUGUGGUUAUUACAGGUUGUAAAUGACUUUAACAUUUUUCUUACCAUGUUUGUUGAUGUUAAUAUUGAUGUAAAUACAAAUUUAUAUUUAAACAUUACAAA